AUGGAUGGCCGGCUUGAAGCACAAAAUGGUGCAAAUAGCAACAAGCAUAGCAAUGAACAUACCAACCCACAUAGUGAUCAGCAGACUGACUCACCCCCCUUCACCAUCAAUGACAUCGGUACCCUGGUCGGGGGACACGUAACCGUCAUGAGCGGGGCCUUCAAACACUGCAGGGGGGUCAUUCUCGACGUUAAGAAGACGGACAAGGAUGAAUACGAGCUGCUGGUGGUAAUCAACAAAGACGAAUCGGCCAAAUAUCCCAAAAACAUCCUGAACAAAUUCGGAAAAAGCUACUGGUUUAAUGUGAAGGACGUCCAAGUGGAGAGGGUGAAAGAUUUGCUCUUCCACAGGUAUGAAAAUUUUUACGAUGAGAAGGAGCGGCCCACGGAUGGGGACCUGCAGGAGAUUAAGGAGCGCUUCAGCGAGUUAGACGUGGAAGACGUAAACCCAUUGGAAGGGGAAGACGCAAACCCAUUGGAAGAGGAAAAGGCAAACACAUUGGAAGGGGAAGAGGUAGGCCAGUUGAGCAACGACGAGGAAAGCACAUUAGAAGGGGGAGAGAUAAUCUCGUUUAGUAGCGAAAAGGAAAAUGCUUCCUAUAUCGAGGAGGCCCAACGGACAGACCUGAUCACCCUGCAGGAGAGCCUCAUCGAGGGAAAAAAGCGGCCACGGAGAAGCGCCUUUUGCCACACAGUGGUGAAGGAAAUAGAGAAGAAUUACCUGUACGAAGAUCUGCUAAAUCUGUACAAGGAAAAGAGACACCUGGCUAACAUAGUGGUGUGUUUCUACAUCCUAAAGCAGUUGGUGAAAAUCUACAAUUUUGAAAAAGAAAGCGAAAGUGGCGAAAAUGCUUUCCAGAAAAAUGUUAUUUACAACAACACCUUUGAAACCAUCUUAACAGAUAUUUUAAAAUUUUUGGAAAAAAAGGAAAUAUAUAGAGUGGUGGACAAAACAUGGCUCCUAUGGAUCCUAGUAAAGUUAAAGAUACACAAGGAGGAGAAGUAUAGGUCCACCUUCGAAGGAAUUUUAAAUCACCUCGUGAAAUAUUUCACCUACGAAACGUUGAAAAAAAUGAACACCAAAAGUUUGUGUGCAAUUUUAUGGAGUUUAGCUAAAUGUUCCCAUAGCAACAUACAAGUGUGUGAAAAAAUUUACAAAAAAGUUGUGUAUUUUUUGGAAAAGUACACCUCUGUGAUGUCUUGCCAUGACAUGUCGAACAUUUACUACUCCCUUGGGUUGAUUGAAUACAAAAAUGGAGACGCUUUUUUUCAUUUAAUUGACGAAGAAAUUAAAAAAAAUAUAAAUAAAUUUUCAGUGCAAAAUCUUAUGAAUAUUCUCUACGGUAUGACAAAACUGAAGAGAAACAACUCCACUUUUGCAGUCGUAAAGGAUAAGUUGCUCUUCCACUCCUCUAACAUGAACCUUCGAAACAUGAGUUUGUUCCUUUGGUGUCUAAAUAAGAAUGAAUACUACCACGUGGACGUUAACUUUAAAGACAAAUCCUUUCAACAAUUAAAUGUAAAGCAAGCCAUGCAAUUGUUAAUGUUUUUUAACUACAACAGGGAUAAAUAUGUGCACUACCUGAAGUACGUUUUGAAUUUUCUUUUCAAGUGUAUGUCUAAUUUGACUAACAAAGAAAUUUCUUUCCUUUUUUACUCCCUGUUCAAAUUAGACCUACUAAAAAAUAGUAGGUGCUUUGUAAAGAUUCGUCAGCAUAUCAUCCAGAGAGACUACCAAAGAUUCAACUUGAUAGACCUCAACAUGAUUCUUCUUUCUAUGAACAAUAGUAAUAUAUACGAUAGAAUUUUGCUCAACUAUUUAUUUCGCGCCCUCAGGGGAAUUCUCACGCGGGUCCUAGAAACCCGCACCUCGGGGAAAGUCACCCCGGGAGAAGUAACCACAGAACAAGUAGCCACCGAGCGCCCCCCCAUAGACUGCACCAACCUCAACUACGUAAUGAAGAACCUAUCUGAAAUGAAAAUUUUCGACCAAAGCAUUAUGCUCAAGUAUGCCCUUCUCUUCUCCAGCAACCUUUCCAACAUCAGCGCCGACCACAUUUGCGACUAUCUCUUCUACACCUUAUCGUUGAACAACCUGGGGGUGAAUACAGCAGGGGGGGAAAAAACCCCAAUGGCAGACGCUUCCAAUAGCGAACUGUCCUCACCCACCUUCCGUGACCAAAGGAUCGCCCACUUAGUGACCUCCAACGAAGAGCUCACCUUGAAGGAUGCCAAUUUUGGAAAAGUCUACCAGCACUAUUUAACCAAAGUGACUCAAUACGCGAAGGACAAACUAUCCCAUUUCGACGCACACACAUUUCUUGCCCAUUUGGAGGAACAGCAGAAUGGGAAGACGGGACAAAACGGAGUAGAGGAUAAACAGGAGAAAGACAAAAUCGACACCUUCGUGUUCGACUACCAAACGGAGAAGAAACACGAGCAUGUGCAAAAACUCAAUGAACUCAUUUUGGAACAAACUACCAACCAUGCUGCGAAGGCAACAUUCCUGGGGGACUUAAUUUCGGAUAAAGAGUUUUCCUCGUUUGUCAACGAGGGGGAAGACAACCAUCCUCAUGAUAAUGAUGAAAAUAGCGAAAAAAAAAAAAAACUUCAGCCAUGCACAUCCAUCAGUUCACUCAUUCAUUUGUUCUACUCCCUUGCGUCCUUGAACGAACUUGAAAAAAACCACGUUGAUCACUACAUGGACAAUUUGUACACCGUCGUGGAGAAAAAAAAAAGCGAAAUAACGGCCUACCAGUGGCUGCUCAUCAAGGACCUCUUCAAGAUGGUACGUGUGAAGAGGAGCGCCGAUUGGGAGCUUCUCCUAGACAAUGUAAAUUCCUACGUUAGGGGUGCCGAGCAGGAGGGAAGCGCGCGCUUCGAGACCAUCAACAUAGAGAUAUAA